UGUGUUAACCUCAGGUGCGGACAGGAAGGCGCGCGGCCAACAGGUGAUUUGACUCAUCAGACACGGAGUGAGACAGUGUGGACAGACAGACACACGCUGAGGCCGAGACACAGCCACAAACCUCCAGGAGGGUCAGUGUGUGUGUAAUAAGCCGGCCUGAUGAUGAUGCAGUGUGGGGUGACGGGACAGCAGUCACCGGUGGUUGUAAACGAUUAAGUGUUGAUUUGAAGACUGAGGCUACUCCACGAGCACCUUCAUCAUUUCCUCCUCAUCCUCCAUGUGACUGUCUCCCUGCUGACCGCUGAAGGCUCAGCUCCCUCCAUCUGAUCACCUCCGUGGAGCUCCACCGUCGUUGUCUCUACCUUAACCCCUCCUCCAUCCAUCCGUCAUGAAUCCCUACAGAGACACAACACCACAUUCACCUUCUGACCCUUCUGAUAUUUCCCAUCAUCCCCCUCUGUCAGCAGCGUCACCUCCAGUCAUUCAGACAGGUCAGAGCUCUCUGAGAGUCAUUGGCUAUAACUCUCCUCACCAUCAGGCCUCAUCAGACCAUGAUGAAGGUCAAAACCUGGUCCCAUCGCCAAAGUCAGACCGCUCCUCUUCGCCGCUUCCAGCUUCAGAUUCAGGCUCCAGCCUCAGUCCCCGGCCUCACUCCGGCCUGUUUUCAAUCUCAUUUCCAUCUCGAAGUCCAUCUGCUGUCUCUGCUCACACACUGAACCCUUACCCUCCCCCCGCCCCUUCACCUGCCCCUCCCCCCGCCCCUUCAUCCACCCCUCCCCCGGCCCCUUCCCCCGCCACUCCCCCCUCCUGCCAGGUCUCCAUCAUCAUCCCGUCCCCAGACCUCCAACCGUCUCCCCUCCCAUCUCUGUGCUCUGAGGACACCGGCCCAGACCUGGAGUGCUCCAUCUGCUUCAGCCAGUUCAACAACAUCUUCCGCUGUCCCAAGAUGCUUCAUUGCAAGCACACCUUCUGCCUGGAGUGCCUGGCACGCAUCAACGUCAAGUCAGCCGAGCCCAACACCAUCCAGUGCCCGCUGUGCCGCGGCCUCACGCCUCUGCCCACCCUCGGCCUUCCUAAACUGGCCACGAACUCAGACAUGUUGUCGUACCUGCCGGCCGCCAUGCAGAGAGUCUACAGCAUCCGCUUCCAGCGCAGCAAAGGGAAGCUGCAGGUCAAAAGCUCAUCUCAAGGUCAUCGGCGGUGGGGUCAGAGGUCGCUGACAUCUCUUCGGUCUGUGAACCGCUCUCUGGAUGUGGGGCUUCCCAGCCCGCCGGUCACGGGUCCCAGUGAGGCCAGCGGCAUGGGCGGAGCUCUGUUCAGACUGACGGGCCGGCCGGCGUGCCGAGCCUUCCUCCUGACGUCCGUGGUGAUGAUGAUGGUGCUACUGACGGGCAUCAUCAUCUUCCUCCUCACCUUCAAUGACAAGGGCAGUGAGUGACAUCACGUUACAUCACAUCCUGUUUUCUUGAUUAUAUUUCUGUGGAGGGAAAAUGCACAAAAAACUCAUUGAACAGUAAAAUUUAAUCUGAGUCCAGCUAAUGAGCAACAUCUGUCCCACUGCUGAGGUUAGAGGAUGAAAACUGAGCCAUCAAGUCACAGAGAGAUCAGGACUCACACCUGAGCCGAGGACGUGAGGAGCAGUGGACUUUAAUCUGCUUCAUAACGUUGAACUUGUGCCAGAGUUUCAAAUAAUCUCACAGAUGUCUGAAUCUAAGUCAGCAGCUGAGGUGGGAAGGUGUCUGUGACUCUGAGAAGCAGUGGACUUUAAUCUGCUUCACACUUCUGCCAAAAGCUUUAAAUGAUCAGCGAGCUGUAGCCAGACGAGUCACAAAAUGUCGGUCAGGUAACAGCAGAUGUGUGACAGCUCUGGAAACUGAGAAGCCGUGGACGUUAAUCUUCUCACAGCACUUAAAGCUUUGCCAAAAGCUCCACUCACCUCAAGCUUUGGGAAAAUGUGCACAUUUAUCACUUUUAAUGUCGUGAAUUUCAUGUUGCCAAAGGGCCGUCCGGCAAUACAAGAUGGCUGAUCUAAAGGUCAUUUGAUAGCAGACAAGAUAAGUUUGUAAUAAGACAAUAAAACAAUCGACUGACAGCAGGUUUAUUAUAACUCAUGUACAACAGCUCAAAGUCUCUGGUGGCUCCAGCUGCAAAUAACAGCCCUAAACAAACAUCAAAUAUUUGAUUCCAGGGGCUGAAACUUUGGGACAUAAAACAUAAUGUAUAAAAAAAUAACAUGACACAAACCUGUCACUACGUGGCUCCCUCUUCUUCAUACUUUGAGCACUUUAAAAACACAGCGACUGAAUGUUACAUGUUUGAUGUUUCUGUGUGUUUGUUGUCUUUUUGUGGACAUGACGGUGUGUUUCCUGUCGGAGCUGCAGCUCCGCUCCUCGCUCUUAAUAACCAAAUUCUCUAAACAGAAGUCAUGCAAAUAGACCCGUGUUCCUGUUAGUCUGACGCAGAGAGCAGAGGAUUUUCAUACAAAUGUUAAUACGUGACGGUGGCUGGAACAACUGAACCUUGAGACAGAUGGAGAGUGUAAAGGGUUAGUUCACCCACAUUACAAAAAUACAUUUGCCAAAGGGAUAGUUUGUAUGUUUAGAGGCGGGGUUUUAUGAGGCACUUAUUCUGUCACACACUGUAGAUGGCAUCGGCACGCCCCCAGUUCAAAGAGGCAGGCUGGAGUACCACCACAGAAGCUAAGGAAUGUACCGCUGCAGAUGGAUAUGGCAGCAAAAUGGAUUCUAGCCACCUACAAACAAAAACACACAAAGAUCUAUGUGAUUACCUGUGCACCAUAUUAAGGAUAUUUUCACCACUUUACCUUAAUGUCAGACAACGACUUCCAACAAGGAACUGAAGCCAUUGUAUCGCUCUCGUCAAAGCCAGACUCUGCCGCUGAGUGGUUAUUUUAUUAGUGUUAAUGUGUGACUUCAGUGUUUUUAAAGGCAUAGUUUAGAUUCACCAAAGUCUCACAACAGCACAAACUAACUGAUCACAGCAGCGUUAGACCAGCAUCCCUCAUCCCGAGCUGUCUCGUGUUUCCGCUUCGUCAGUGGCCUCUCACGUCUACACAUUACACGCUAGGUAUCCUCCUGCAUCUGCUGUUGAGGUUACGGGACGCCACAACCAGCGCCGGGAUGUCACCAAAUGCACAUGGUUAGAUUAAGAAAAAAACAUCAUGGUUUGGCUUUUCAACAACACAGGAAGCGAACAUCCAUCCACAACCCCUCAUAUCCUCCCAUCCGUCCUUACCAGCAGCGUUUCAACCUGACACCAUCGAGUGGCGAAUCAUAAAUGCGCAACGUUACGUCUGGCCGCGUUACAAACUGACGCUCCCUGCUGGUGUAUUAUACCACCAGGAAGGGUGGCUUUUGGCGUCUGGUGUCUGAUGCUAAAACCACUGACAAGGCGGCAGUACUUGAUGACUUUGGAAUGACGAGGGUAGACCAGUGUGUUAAAUCACUGGAGUGUAAUGGAGUCUGGAGGCUUUGACAUGAGCAAAGAUGAGGAACUGAAGCUGUUUACAAAAGCAGCUGUCUGACAUGAAGGUAUAGUGUUGAAAACAUUCUAAUAUACCGCACACUUUAACUGAUAUUUCUAGGUGGCUAAAAUAUGUUGUGCUACUGCCCUCGUCCACAGCAGUACAUUACUAAGCUUCCAUACUGGUGCCUGCUUCUCCAAACUGGGGGCGUGCAGACAGCAUCUACUGUAGGUACACUGACUAUGAGUACGUCAUAUAACCCCACUUCAAAACAUCCAGACUAUCCCUUUAACCUCUAGAGACAGCUCUACAAGCAGGUAGUUUUUGGUUUUAUUCGACCACGUCUGUAGAUUUCAGCCUGACACAGUGAAGGUGAAUAGAUUCUGUUCUUUUAAAUGUCAUUUUUCAGGACUGCGUCACAACAAAGUAAAUCCCAUUUAGAAUCCAUUUUAUGGUGAAAAGACAGAAAUCUGAAAAUGUGGAGGAAUAAAACCAAAACUGGAUCGAUGAGUUCACUCUGAAGGCGCAAAAACGUGUCUGUCUGAGGCCGUCGUGCACCUUAAAUUAACUCUUGAGCCUUCCAGCUGAUCUGUGACACCCUGCAGGAGGCGGGGACGGUCCCUCUGUCUGAUCCAGUCGUUCAAUCAGAAACCUGAUCAGAUAGUUUUAACUGAUCGAUCAACAGAUCACAGACACAUUUCACAUAACACAAUCAUGAAUUUAUUCUUGGGCUCAGCUGAAAACUGCACAAGGAAAACUUCUUCCACAAAUGCUUUGACUUGCAAAUCAAACAAGCCAAAAAAGCAACCAUUAAAAUAUGUAUCAUAAAGGUUAUUCACAGAUAUUUCCAUGAUGGUUUAGACUGAGUCUGAGAGGGAAAAUACAUUUUAACCCAAUGUUUCCUUGUUUUGUAUGUGGUGUGUGUUUAGGCUCUGACCUGUUUUACUGUGCAAUGUGAAAUGAAAUAAUUUUAUAUAUUUAUACCACUGUUUUAGCAAAGCUUGCACUAUCACCGUGUUUGCCUCAUGUUGAACUUGAAUAAAUUCCUUUUUGAAUCCCA